AAACCAACCAAUCAAAUUGACAGCUCAAGUCCUUUUCAACUUCCGGUAUUACCGCCCACCCUCUUCCGGAUUUCUUAGCGUGACCGACGUUUCGUGUCUGUUUAGACUUAAAAAAUGCGUUACGUGGCCGCUUACCUGCUCGCUGUUCUGGGGGGAAACACCAAACCCUCUACAAAAGACAUUAAGGACAUCCUGAGCAGCGUGGGAAUUGAGGCCGAUGAUGAACGCUUGAAUAAAGUCGUUAGUGAGCUGAAUGGGAAAGACGUCAAUGAAGUCAUGAAUUCAGGCCUCUCCAAGUUAGCCUCUGUACCAGCAGGUGGUGCUGUAGCAGCACCGGCAGCUGCUGCUGGUGGUGGUGGGGCCGCUGGAGCUGGGGUUGCACCUGCUGCUGCGGAAGAGAAAAAAGAAGAGAAGAAAGAGGAAUCUGAAGAGUCAGACGAAGACAUGGGCUUUGGACUCUUUGAUUAAUCAAACUUCUCUGUGUAUAAAAAGCAAUAAAAAUGUAAAAGGUUUACAAAAA